UAACAAGUAACACUCGUUGGACGUCUCUCUCUAACCAUUGUCUAUUCCUUUGUCCCUUUCAUAGUGGCUUUUGAGUUUGAAGUUUCUUCUUCUUCUUGACAAGAGCAACACCAACCUUCGAUUGGCUUGGAGGAUUUUAUAUUUGUCUGCUUGAAAUCUGAAUGCGCGAAUGGCAACGGCAUCCUCUGAAUCCAAAGACGCAUCAGAUCACGUGGUUGAGCUCAUCGUGCGCGAUGCAUCAGCACCUUCUUCUGACGCUGAAGCCGAUUCCGAGGACAAAGAACAAAUUGCCCCUCUUCUCUUCCAGGAAAGACCCAAGAUCAACAUCUUCACUGCUUCUUACCCUCGCACAAAACCCAGAGAUGAGGUGACAAGAUUACUUGAGUCCGAGACAUCUCCUUUCACAAAUUUUAUAUUGUGGGUGUGGAAUGGGUCCAGAUACUCUGGUUUACUUUGUAUGGCUUUCUCAUCUACCAUCUACUUUCUCAUGGGGGUUCUUACAAAUAUAUUUUCUGUUCAGGCAAUUCCUUUAUUUGAGACUGCUUUUACAAGAUGUGCAAUUACCUUGAUACUGUCAUAUUUGUGGUUGAGAAGGAGUGAACAGCCAGUAUUUGGAACAUCCCAAGUUAGAAUCAUUUUACUUUUAAGGGCCCUUACAGGAUGUAUAUCAAUGUCAAGUUUUAUAUAUUGCUCUCAAAGCCUGCCUUUCUCUCAAGCCAUUGUAUUGAACUCAACAGUUCCGAUUAUGGCUUCAAUUAUGGCCAGGGUCUUUUUGCAUGAUAAAUUAAAAGUUGCUGAUAUUGCAAGUCUUGCCUGUUGUUUCUUUGGUGUGCUGUUCUUCUUCCGAGAAGCGCUUACUACAAAAGGACACUUUGUCAAAGCUAUGGAAGCAAGCUAUGCACAUGCUAAGACAGGUCAUCAUAUAUUUGGAAUCCUAUUGGGUUUCUUUUCAUCAAUAAUGGGUGGAACUAGUUACUGUCUUAUUAGGGCUGGAGCUAAGGCAUCCGAUCAGCCUAUGUUAACUGUCUUUUCAUUUGGCUUAUUUGCUAGCCCUGCAAUGGGAAUAUGUACUUAUAUCUUUGAGGAUUUUGUGCUACCAGGAUUUCAGUCUAUUUUGCUUAUGCUUGUGAGUAGUAUUAUGGGCUUCUUUGCUGAGAUGAUCAUUGCACCUGUGAGCAAAGAAGCAAAGUUCCAUAGAAGUUGACCAUGAUGAACAGCCUUUGUCAUUCAGUUUCUUUGUCGUGAUAAUGGGAGUCCCAAAAUUAGAUAAUACAAGACCAACAACUUUGAGGAGAAGAAAACAAAAAUAUGAGGUCAGAAAUAACUGGGUUUAUGCUUAACUUAAUUUUACAAACUGACUUACAAGGUGAAGUUUACAUCCAUUAGAUAGUUUGUGGGUAGUCUAACAUCAGGCCGUUAGCGAUUUUAGCAGUACCAGAUCUCUCCAAACGUUGGUGGAGAUGCCUCUAGUAAAGGAUUGGGGCAGAUGGUGGGGGGGUGGGUACCUGUUUUGUUAGAAGAGGGUAGGCCCUUAGCUUUAUGGAAUCAAGCUUUAUCUAAUAGAGGGCAAAAUAAAUUGGUGUAGGAAAGGAAGUUAAUGGUAAUGGUCCAAGUGGUACACAGAUGGAAACACUAUUUGACUGAGCAAAAGUUUUUGACACUCGAAAAGGUCAUAUGGGCUUCAAAAGUCAUUGGGUUUGAUUUGAAAUUCAAAAUCGUCAUGAGAAGAACACUAUAGCGGAUGCUUUGUCCAGGCAGGUGGUCUGCCCUACCAUAUCUGUUGUGCAACCAUAAGAGUAGAAGGAUUGGGAAGUGGAAGUUCAAAAGGAUGAAAAAUUAUGUGCAUUGAAGCAAGAUUUGUUGGUGGAUCCUAACGCUUAUGAUAACUAUGAAUUAAAUUAGGGGAGAUUAAUUUAUCUUGAUUAUAUAACUUAACCUGUUUAGAUAAGUCAAGUGGUCUGCCCUAAUUAAUUACAAUAUCCUAUUGUAGAUUCUCAACUAUAUGAUCACCUGAAUCAACAUGAAACAUACUUCUAUUUUAUGGUAUUGUUACUAAAUCUU